AUGGCACGUGUGUUCUUGAUCUCUUCUUCCCACUCUUUUACUUUGCACCGCUCGCUUCACGCGUGCUCGGUGCGUCACCUCACCUCGUUCACCCCCCUUGUCCGUGCGUUAUUCAAGUGUGGAAACAGCGAAAAGGAUGUUUCCGAAGCAACCGUGGUCAUCAUUGAUUCUGAGACUCCAGGCCCAGAAGACGAUGAGUUCGAGAAUCUCUCCUAUGACGAGAAGGCUCUCUUGCUCAAGUACUUCUUCUCGCACACAAACAUCAUUGUAAUCCCAUCUCUGGCUCUUACCGACCUGAAGCUUGUCACACAAUUAGAGGCUGCAAUCAAGUCUGUCGGAUCUGUUAUAGGUACACGCUUAUCGCGUGUUGCUGCAUGGACUGGCACUGGAGACAUUAGAAUCAAUGAUACUUUCACCUCCGAUGAUCCUUGUCACCUGGUUUCAGCCAUAAUUCCAACAAUGGCUUGUGCGCUCAACCUGACUUGCACCAUUUCUGGGUCGACAGAGGCAACGGUCAGAAAGUUGAGGCUGCAGCUUGUCAAAAACAUCGACUUCAAACUGUUAUUAAGUGUGAACUCCGAUGCCCACAUUUCUAAGUUGUGUCACAGCGUCGGUCAUUGGGCAUUCCCGGCUCACGAGCUCUCCAAUGAUGACUUGGUUUACUGUGUCUAUUUGAUGCUCGAUUUUGCCAUCAAAUACGUUGAGUCGCAUGGCACACCAGCAGAGUUGUAUGUUCCAAGUGCAAACGAGACUCUCGCUCUUGCGUUCAUGACUCGUGAUACAUACAAGAGUGGCAAUCCUUUUCACAAUUUCCGUCAUGCUGUCGAUGUGUUGCAAGCUUGCUUCUAUUAUCUCGUCCGUCUUAAAUGCUUGCCACCAUUCGAACAAUUCGAGCUUGACCCAAAGGCUGAUGAGACCCAAAUCUUCGAUGGUAAGAAAUCAUUACACCCAAGCUGUAUGCUUCAACGCUCCACAUGUACUGGCAGUGAAGAUGGCGACUUUGUUCCUCUUUUGACGCCAAUGCAAAGUCUAGGGCUUUUGGUAGCCGCACUCGGCCACGAUGUGGGACAUCCUGGAGUUACCAAUGCGUUCAUGAUUAAACACUCUGCACCAACAUCUCAGAUCUAUAACGACAGGUCUGUUUUGGAGCUGUACCACUCUGCCAUCUUCACGAACAAGAUUUUAAGUAUAUCAUGGCCCUCACUUUUGGAGUGCAAACUUGACAAAGACAGCAACUUGAACAUCAAGCAAUUGAUCAUUGGAAGUAUUUUGGCCACUGACAUGGCAGAACACUUUGAAUACAUCCAUAAACUCAAAGACGAGCUGCUCGUCCUAACCUCUGAACAAAAGGUUCAAUUGAUCUGUUCUUUGUUGAUCAAGUGUGCUGAUAUUUCAAAUGUUACUCGACCCCUCCGUGUAUCCUCUCACUGGGCCCUGAUCUUGUCAAGAGAAUUUGACGAGGUUGACAAGUUGGAAAAGAGGAUUUUGGUAAAGGAUACAAUGACGUUUGAUGUGGAAUACCCACAAUUGCCUUUCACUCUUGACGCAAUUUUAGAAUGCAAUCCAUACAUCCAUAAGGGACAGCUUUUCUUCAUCAACACUUUUGCGGAAGGUUUGUUCAGCAGUAUUCUGGACCACUUCGGUGAGCUCAAGUACACUUCCGACAUCAUCAAAGAGAACAAGGCAUUUUGGCAGGCUCGUGCUGAGAAACUCGGUUAG